AUGAAGAUAAUCAAAGAAAAAGCAGAGGAAACCCAUUUGAACGAGGUCAACGUUCUCAUAAAUCUUGAUAGUCCUCAUGUAGUCAGUCUAGAGGAGACUUUCUUUAACACUAGUUAGCAACUUGUAAUCGUAACUGAACUUGCUUAUCAGAGUCUUAGAUAAACUGUAAGAGAAGUAAGAGAAUCCCCUUUGGAUGAGGAAGUUAUAUUAAAUUAUUUCAUCCAAAUUUGCCAAGGUCUUUUUGACAUGCAUUCAAGGAAGUUUAUUCAUGGAGAUCUUAAGCCAGACAAUAUUCUUAUCUUUUUAGAUUAAACAGUCAAACUUUGCGAUCUUGGAUGUGCAAUUAAUAAGAACUAGCAAAAACAAAAUCAAAAAUAGUUUGAGGGCACAGGCACAAGAAUUUAUUGGGCUCCUGAAAUAAGAUAGACUGGAGCUACUUUUGAGAGUGAAAUAUUCACACUUGGCUUAGUAUUACAUGAGCUUAUGUAUGGCUUUUUACCAUCUUAAGACUAGAUUAUUUUUAGAAGCACAGUUUCUUCACUAUACUCUAAUGAAUUGAACCAACUUUUAUUGAAACUGCUCUAAAUUGAUCCUUUAAGGAGACCAACUAUUUUUGAAUUAUUAUCAGAUGACUUGCUAUUCUAUCAUUAGCAGAAAAGGGCAUUUGAUUUAGCAGAAAUUUAAUUUGAAUACGAAUAUUCAGAGAUUUAAGUAAAUUGGGUUUAUUAUCAAAAUAAGGACUAAUACUUCGGCUAGGUUCAUAAAGAUUCUCAAAUCCCUCAUGGAUAUGGUUUAAAAAUAAAAGAUAAUGAUUUAAAGAUUAUAGGAGUAUGGGUAAAUGGACUUAUAAAUGGACCUUUUCUUGUAGUAUAUGAUUAAAAUAAGUCUAAAGAGGGAAUAUGUAUUGAUGGAGUACCUCACGGAGAAGUACUAUAUAAAGAAAAAAGAUAAGGCCAGAUUGCAGAAAAUUUCACAAAAUAAGAUGAUGACAUGAUUCUAGCAGUCAGAGAUAAUGGAAAAAUCAUAUCAGCAUCUGAAUACAAAGAUUGCCUGCCAAACGGCUAAGUUCUUAUAUAACAUUAGGAUUAGAUAAUUUUCGAUGGCUAGUACAAAAAUGGUAAAGCUUAUGGCAAGGGCAUGUAAAUAACUUCAAACGGAUGUAGGUAUGUAGGACACUUUGAAAAUGAUGUGAAAUCUGGCUUUGGCUUAUACUACUACUCUAAUGGCAAUAUUCAUGCAGGAAUGUGGUCUAAUAAUGAACAAAAUGGUUUCGGGAAUAGAAGGUAUAAUGAGGGCUAAAUUAUUCGAGGGUAAUGCAUUAACUAGAAAUUUACUGGAUAAUGUACAUUGUUAGUAUUAAAAGAAACUCCUCGAUAAAGCGAUGAAAUUCUAAUGUAAAUAAAUGAGUUGUCAUUAAAGCCGAUAGAAGAGCAACUAAACCCAGAAGCACUUAGCAAAAUCUUUAAAUUUGAGAGUCCUUAUCAUUUAAAAUUCAGUGGUGAUUUUGUCAAGGACAAAUUUACUGGUCUUGGUGAGAUGUCAAAUGACAAAGGUGAGAAAUGGGUAGGAGAAUUUGAGAAUUUUAAGUAAAAUGGCUUUUGUUCAUAUCAAAAAGAUGAUGUUGUCUAUUUCUAAGGCUAUUGGAAAGAUGGCUAAUUUGUAGAGGAAACCAAUUUUUAAAAUGAUUAUUAUAGACGAUGA